GCUCAUUAGCACGCUUCCACAGCAAUCAAAAGAUGUAAUUUAAAUUUUUAUCUUCUUCCCUUUCUGUUUUUAACCCAGUAGCUGAAAGCAGCAUGCUUAUCCCUCACAGAGGACAACAUUUCCUCUGCUGUGUUUGUCAAAGGAAGUGAUCUCCACCUUCUGGUGCAGGAUAGCUGUGAUCCUUCUCCACCAUCACUGGCAAAGUCAAGCUGCACAACAAUAAUGUCCCUAUGAUUGUAGCUCCAGCUCUGGCCUAUAUUCUUUUGGAAAUGGCGUGCGUGUGUUUGAUGUAAUGGCUGUGUUGUGUUUGUGGGGAACUCUCUGAUGCCGAGCAGAUUAGGUUCCACAAGAGAUUAAUCUAAUUUUCGUAACCCGCUUACUGAUACCGCGAUGGAAGAUCUUUAUUUUUUGGAAUUCCCUCUUGCUCUGGAUUUGCAAUCAGGGGUUCAAGCUUAAUGGAGUCACUAUGAAUUAUGUAAAACGAACGCUUUGAUCUAGUUUUGUUUUAAAUGACUGAAGCAGGAAAUUAGGUUGAAAACAAAUGCCAUGGAUCCACACAGAAACGUGUUGGUGAGAAGUGUGUAUUUUUGGGAAUAUGCAGCCAGUUUGAUAUACUAACUGUGUUCCAUGUUUCCUUUCAUCAGCUUUGGGCCGUAGUAUCUCACAGAGCGUGAUUAGCGUAAGCGUGGAAUCCGCGCUGCUGGAGGCUGUGGGGCGAGCUUGAAGCCUGAAGCGCAUUCAUCAACGUCCCUGGCAGGGUGCACCUUUCUCAGCCUCACACCACUCAGCUUGCAGUCCUCUCACUGACACCAUUUUCUUCUUUUUCUUUCUUUUUUAAUCUUUUUUUUUCAAUAGUCUUUGUUGUUGUCUCCUGUUAGAAAUAGCUUUACUUUUGAAGAAAACUUUCUUCCUUUUCUAUCAGAGCUUUAAAGGUGCAGCACCAUUGUGGAGGUGGCACAUUGUUCUGUUUUGCUGAAAGCUGUCUGCAUGCACAAAAAAUGUCACUGCACAUUUUUGCUUCAAGCUUUUGCUCCUUAUCUUCCUCCUUUUUUAUGCAACAAUCAGGCUUGAUGACAUUCAUGUUCUGCCGUUUGCUUCAUCUCUCCACAGUCUUCCUCCUGCAGGUAACAGUGACUAAAACAGGCCCUCCCAGAACUGUCCCCCAGCUCUGAAUUUAUAAUCACUCUUAGAUCUCAGACAUGAAAGACUUGCAUGCAUCCUCCUAAAAUGCCCUCUGAGGUGGCAAGUUCUCUUUUAAAUAACAGAAUGUAGAGUUUGGCAAAAAUUGCAACUAUUUGUGAAGCUUCUCUUGAAAGAAUGGCAUGAAAUGCAUUUCUGACUUUGUGAAGUUAUUUCCUGAUUAAACUGUUAAGUUAAAUUCUCGCAAAGUCUCCAUAGAUUGGAACCCUUCAUGUUUGCUCCGGAUCUGAUGACAGUGACUUUCAUUUUGUUUCUCAGAGUUUAGCUCAAAAAUGGCAUAAAGAAAGUCUUGAAAGUAUAUCAUGUGACAAAUAAAAGACAACUGCAUCAUUUAUUAAUUAAUAACACUUUAUUUUAACAGGAAUCAGAGGUCAUUUAACAAUGAGAAGUAUGUUCACUAGGUUUUUAAGAAACUCAGCAAAACUGCUGUAUUUGGUCCAGGACACGUCCUGUGAACUGAAGUAUUUACCUCCAUCUAGCGGUCAUAGUGGAGAUUGCACCAUAUAAAAGAAGAAAAAAAAACGGGAAAAGGAAAAUGUGCCCUACAUAAAAUGAAAUCACUGCGCCAUGAAAAGUAGUACCAAAGAUAAAUCUUAUUUAUUUGUCAGAAAGUCAAAUAAAUAAUAUACAUACAAUUAUUGUUUAAAGUAUAUACUUAUAAAAGAAACAUUUUUACCAUAUAAAGUAAAAUACUAUCAAAGAAGGCUGAUCAAAUUGUGAUGGCGUAGGAAUUUGUCAGUUGACUUUCUUGAACAAUAGCUCGGAGGUAACUACGUCGUUUGGUCUUUUUCUGCCGCCUUAAGCAGGUGCUGAGAAGUUUUUUCGAUUAGAAGGUGUAAAUAUCCAAAACAUACGACUUUUCUGUUUUAGCCAUAGCUAGAAUUAAAGUGGAGUAAGGGAUACCUUGAAAGCCGUUGGAAAAUGACUGGUCGGGCACGAGCAAGGUCACGUGGAAGAGCACGUGGUCAGGAGACCGCAGCUCCAGGAGUGAGCAAGGCUAGUGAGCCUGCACCUGUACCGGCUCCCUCUGCUGAGGCGGGGCUGGUUGGCAGAGGCAGGCAGAAAAGAGGUCCAGGACCUUUCACUGAAGAAGCUGCUCUACAGAUUUCAGCUGGAUUUCAGCAGAUGAAGCUUGGAGAACGAGGUGGGCGUCGUAGGGAUUUUCAUGACACUGGAAUCAAUACCAGACAAGUGAUGGAGCAUGUGAAGGACUCAAAAACAGGGUCAUCAGGUGCAGUCAUCAAUUUGACUGCAAACUACUCCCGUAUCCUGUCCCGUCCUGAGUGGGUUCUGUUCCAGUACCAUGUGGACUUCAAACCAGUUAUGGACUCUCGGCGCCUGAGAUCUGCCCUCCUUUUCCAGCAUGAGGAGGUUUUGGGUCCAGCUCGAAGCUUUGAUGGAGCUCUGCUUUUCUUGCCUCACAGAUUGCAUAACAAGGAAACUGUAGUCUGCAGUCAAACCAGGAAUGGUGAGAAUGUCCAGAUAACAAUCACCUUGACAAAUGAGCUGCCUCCCACAUCACCAGUGUGCAUUCAGUUUUACAAUAUCAUUUUCAGAAGGAUCUUGAGAAUUCUCAACAUGCAACAGAUUGGACGCAAUUACUACAACCCGGAUGAUCCACUUGAAAUUUCACAGCACAGUUUGACCAUCUGGCCAGGAUAUGCUACCACCAUCUUGCGCUAUGAGUCAUCUAUCAUGAUGUGCAUGGAUGUGAGCCACAAGGUACUGCGCAGUGAGACAGUCCUUAGCUUUAUGGCUAACCUGGAGCGGAAGUGUCAAGGCCAGAACUACCACGAGAUGUGUGAGAAGGAGCUUGUUGGCCUUAUAGUUCUCACAAAGUACAACAACAAAACCUACAGGAUUGACGGCAUUGCAUGGGAUCACACUCCAAUCAACACAUUCAAGAAGGGAAGCGCAGACAUUUCCUUCAAAGACUACUACAAGAAUCAAUAUGCCCUCGACAUUAAAGAUGCAAACCAGGUGCUGCUGGUGAGCCAUGUGAAGAAAAUGGUCAUCACUGGAGACGCCCCUCCUGGACCAGCCAUGCUUGUCCCAGAACUUUGCUACCUUACAGGUCUUACUGACAAGAUGCGGAAGGAUUUCACCAUCAUGAAGGACCUGAGCGCUCACACCAGACUGAACCCAGAUCAGAGGGAGAAGCGUCUCACCUCAUUCUUAUCAAACAUACAGAGGAAUGCAGAAGCACAAACGGAGAUGACCAAGUGGGGGCUGAGCUUUGAUAAGCAACUUCUAAAACUGACUGGCAGAGUCUUGGGAGGAGAGAGGCUUUUCCAAGGAUCACAAUGGUACGAUUACAACCCUCAAACAGCUGACUGGUCAAGAGAGAUGCGUGGGCUGUCUGUGAUCAGCUCUCCUCCUCUGAACUGCUGGCUCCUGUUUCACACCAAGCGAAACAGUUCAGAGGCACAGUCCCUGCUGCAGUCUCUGAAUAAAGUUUCUGCCCCUCUUGGCAUUCGCAUGCAGAGAGCCACGGUGAUUGAAUAUGAAGACCAUGCGUUGGCUCUCCUCCGAGCCCUGCAGCACAAUGUCUCACCCCAGAUACAAAUGGUGGUGGUAAUCCUCCCCAACAACAACAAAGACCGGUAUGACACUGUGAAGAAGUACCUGUGUUUGGACUGUCCAACUCCAAGCCAGUGUGUGGUGGGCCGUACCCUCAGCCGACCUCAGGCACUCAUGACUGUUGCAACAAAGAUUGUACUGCAGAUGGCAUGCAAAAUGGGAGGAGAACUCUGGAGCGUGGAAAUCCCUCUCAAACAACUGAUGAUCGUCGGCAUUGACUGCUACCAUGACACCACUGCUGGGAAAAGGUCCAUUGGAGCUCUGGUGGCCAGCCUCAAUCCCACCAUGAGCAGGUGGUACUCAAAAUGUGUACUGCAGCACCAGGGUCAGGAAAUUAUGGAUGGACUGAAGACUGCCCUAAGUGGUGCACUGAAGGACUACCACAAAUUCAACAACUGCCUACCCGCACGUAUCAUAGUGUACCGUGAUGGCGUAGGAGAUGGACAGCUGCAGAGCGUGGUCAACUACGAGGUUUCACAGAUAAUGGACUGCAUCAGGUCAAUGGAACAAGACUACAAGCCCAAGCUGAGUGUGGUGGUUGUGAAGAAGCGCAUCAGCAGCCGCUUCUUUACCUACUUUCAAGACAGACUGACUAACCCUCCACCAGGCACCGUCAUCGAUACCGAGGUCACCCGUCCAGAGUGGUAUGACUUCUACAUUGUAAGCCAGGCUGUGCGAUCCGGAAGUGUCUCACCCACACACUACAAUGUGGUGUACGACACCAGUGGGCUGAAGCCUGAUCACAUGCAGCGCCUCACCUACAAGUUGUGCCACAUGUACUACAAUUGGCAGGGGAUCAUCAGAGUUCCUGCUCCCUGCCAGUAUGCCCACAAGCUGGCUUUUCUCGUGGGACAGAGUAUUCACAAACAGCCCAACGCGCAGCUGGAUGACUUCCUUUUCUAUCUUUAAGAACAGAAAGAUAGUUUGGUCUGAUAUUCUGCAGACCAUUACAGUUCUUUGGCAAUUUGGUAAAAAUCUUGUUCACAUUUUCAAUGUUGCCGUCUAAUGUCAUCAAGACCACGCCAGUUUGUGUUUGUGAUGCAAUUGUGUUCUUUGGUUUUCUUGUGUCUUCAGUUAAGCAUUUCUGUAGGUUUUGCCACCAAGGCUUUUAGUUAAAAAAUUUAAUAAACUUGAUACUCUUGGUGAUGGA